AUGGACAAAUGGAGAGAGUGCCCAGCUGCUGUCCAUGUUGACUUUUUGCUACAGGAACCACACCCUACAGACACCAUGCGGUGUUCCGUCAGGCGCUGCUUCAUAACGUCAGUGGGCAUCGGAUUCCUGUGGCUCUUCAUCACUUUGAAAAUCCCCGAGGAAAUUGAAGAUGAUCAAAACGUGAUGGCUAUCAAAGGCCAGGUAGCAACCGUUGCUGUCCGUGUGGGAAUUGAGGAUGUAGCGUGGGAAUGGUGUGAACAGGAGGACAAUUAUGACAAAAGGAAAGACCCGAGACCACUAGAAGACUGGCAGAAUCUUACCUUCGAAUAUUUUAAAACAAUUCAGCAGAGAAGAAAGACAUGGCUGACAGUGGGCAUCUCCUCAGUGCCACAACCAGAUCAAAGAAGCCUCUUGUACACACUGGUCUCUCUGUUCCGUGCUUCCUCUAAGAUUGAGCAGAAACGUCUCACAGUGCUGGUCCACCUGGCACAUUCUGACCUCACCGGGCUCAGAGAAACCGUUCUCCAUAUUUCAACCCUCUUCAGCCCACAGAUCUUGGCAGGGCAGUUGCUACUGAUCCAUGCUCCGCCUGAUGCCUACCCCUCCGUGGAUGACAUGAGGAACGAGGCCCAUCAUGGGGAAUUCUACUCUAAGCAGAAUAUAGAUCACGCCUUCCUCAUGAGCUUUGCCACAAGGCUCUCUGAAUACUUCCUGUUACUGGAGGACAAUGUCUUUUCUGCCCCCAACUUUAUCACCCACAUUCAUUGGAAGGUGAACACCAUGAGGUCCAACCCAUGGGUGCUACUGGAGUUCUCUAAUAUGGGCAUCCUUGGCAAACUCUUCCACAGCAAAGACCUCCCACUCCUGGCCCAUUUCUUACUUCUUUUCUACAAGGAGAAGCCCCUUGACGGGCUGAUCCCCCACUUCCGUACCCUCCUAGCUCAGAAAAACCCAAUCACCUGCAGACCUUUCCUUUUCUACCACAGGUUCUCCUACCACAUCUCUAAUGACACCCAGAAGGCCACACCAGUUCAGAAAAAGAACCCCUAUGUUCCUGACAACCCACCUGGAGCCAUUUUCACGGAUAUGAAGGUUUUUGAUGUUCAUUUCCCCUGGGAAGCCUACACCCUAGACGAGUCAUUCUUCUGGACCCACAAUGUUAGUGCAGGGAACCACCUGACAGUCAUUUUGAACCAUCCAGCGAACUUGAGCAAAGUGCAAGUAUUGACAGGCACCAUCGUGGAUGGAAAGUACGCCCUGAAGAAGGGGCAAGUGGAGCUGGGCUACGACCCUGAGGGAAUGCCUCAAUACUGUACCAGCUUCACCUUGCUGGGCCAUCUCUUCGAAGGGCAGAUGAAUCAGGAGAUAUUUCUGAAAAGGAUGGGGCACAAUGUGAGCUGCGUAAGGCUGGUGGUGAAGGCUGAUCAGGUUGGCGGUCUUAUAAUCAGGCAUAUUUACCUCUGGGAGCAAAAUACCAAAGAUAUGGAAGCAGCUCGGAGUUGGAGGUAA